AUGACGGCCACAUUUGAUGUCGAGGAACUGUUGGCGAAGCUCAACGUUGUCGAGAAGGUUUCUCUACUAGGAGGCAACAAUCCCCCAGGUGCCGACUGGUGGCAUACAGUUCCCCUCCCCAAGCAUGGGAUACCGGCAAUCCGAGUCUCCGACGGACCCAAUGGUGUCCGCGGCACCAGGUUCUUCAACGGCGUCAAGGCAGCCUGCUUCCCAUGCGGAACCGGUCUCGGUGCGACCUGGGACGUUGACCUCCUCCGCAAAGCCGGUGCGCUGAUGGGGGAGGAGAGCAAGGCCAAGGGUGCCCACGUGAUUCUUGGUCCUACCAUCAACAUCCAGCGAUCACCGCUAGGAGGGAGAGGAUUCGAGAGUCUGAGUGAAGAUCCCGUUCUCUCGGGCCUUGGGGCCGCGGCGUUGUGCAACGGGAUUCAGGAUACCGGCGUGGUGGCUACCAUCAAGCACUUUGUGUGCAAUGACCUGGAGCACGAGCGGAACGGGACGAAUGCCAUCAUUACCGAGAGGGCCCUGAGAGAGAUCUACGCGCUGGCUUUCCAGUUGGUGGUCAAGGUGUCUAAUCCCGGCUGUUUCAUGACGGCCUAUAACAAAAUCAAUGGCGUGCAUGUCAGCGAGAACCCCAAGAUCUUGAAAGAUAUGCUACGGGGAGAAUGGGGUUGGGAAGGUUGUGUAAUGAGUGACUGGUGGGGAACAUAUUCAUGUUCUGAUUCCAUCAAUGCCGGACUGGACUUGGAAAUGCCAGGUCCUACGAAGUGGCGAGGCGAUUUGUUGACCCAGGACGUUAGUGCCAACAAGGUUGCAGAACACGUCCUUGACGAGCGAGUUCGAAAUGUUCUUACUCUUAUUAACCGAUGCGCGGAUUCGAAAAUUCCCGAGAAUGCCGAGGAGAAGACAGCUAACACCCCAGAGACGGCUGCUUUCUUAAGAAAGAUUGGUGCCGACUCUCUGGUCCUGAUGAAGAACGAGGGGGGUAUCUUGCCCCUGAACAAGGAUAAGAAGACUUUGAUCAUUGGCCCAAAUGCUAAGGUCGCCUACUACCAUGGAGGGGGGUCUGCUUCGCUUGCAGCUUACUACGCCGUCACCCCUUUCGAUGGGAUAAGUGCUCAGCUUACUUCUCCUCCCGAUUACACCGUCGGAUGCUAUGCCCACAAAGAACUUCCACUUUUAGGUGACCGACUCAAGGCCAAGAACGGUGAGCCAGGUGUGACGUUCCGCGCAUACAACGAACCUCCCUCGGUCAAGGACCGGGAGUGCGUUGACGAGAUCACACUGACCAAGACCGAGUUCUUGCUGAUGGAUUACAACGCUCCCGGCAUCAAGCAAGCCCUCUGGUACGCAGAUGUAGAGGGAACCUUCACAGCCGAAGAGGAUGGAGACUUCGAGAUCGGACUCGGCGUCUACGGUGCAGCGAAGCUGUACAUUGAUGGAGCAUUGUUGAUCGACAAUGAAACGAAGCAAACCAAGGGAACGAUGUUUUUCAACUGUGGCACUGUGGAGGAGAAGGGUGUUUUGCCCAUGAAGAAAGGACAAUCUUACCAUGUGAAGGUUGAGUUUGCAAGUGCUCCUGCUUCUAAGCUGGAUCAAGGAAGCGGUGUUCUCUUUGGAGGCGGUGCCAUCAGAAUCGGUGCUGCCAAGAUCAUUGAUGCUGAUGAGGAGGUCAAGCGCGCGGCUGCUUUGGCAAAGGAUGCCGAUCAAGUCAUCAUUGUCGCUGGCCUCAAUGCCGACUGGGAGACGGAAGGUUCUGAUAGGGAGACCAUGUCUCUUCCAGGUCACAUGGAUGCACUGAUCGCCGCUGUUGCAGUCGCCAACCCAUCGACGGUUGUAGUAAUGCAAAGUGGUACCCCAGUAGGCAUGCCAUGGAUCUCCUCCGUCAACGCUCUCGUCCAUGCCUGGUACGGCGGCAACGAGACCGGCAACGCAAUUGCCGAUAUUCUCUUCGGCAACGUCAAUCCCAGCGGUAAACUCCCGCUCACCUUCCCCGUCCGCCUUCAAGAUAACCCCGCCUAUCUGAGCUACCGAACGGAGCGUGGUCGCACACUCUACGGAGAGGACAUCUACGUCGGCUACAGAUGGUACGAGCAGCUCGAGCUCCCCCCGCUCUUUCCCUUCGGCCACGGCCUCUCCUACACCACAUUCACCUACUCCUCGCUCUCCGUCGCCCAGACGCCCACGACUAUCACGGCCACGCUCACGGUCACUAAUACCGGGCCCGUCGCCGGCGCCGAGGUCGUGCAGCUGUACACGCGCCAGCACGCGCCCAGCAUCCGGCGCCCCCUCAAAGAGCUCAAGGGAUUCACCAAGGUGCAACUCGCGAGCGGGGAGAGCAAGCGCGUCGACAUCACCGUCGAGACGAAAUACGCGGCCAGCUUCUGGGACGAGAUCCGCGCCAUGUGGAUCAUGGAGAAGGGCGCGUACGAGGUCAUUGUGGGGAGCAGUAGUGCUGAUGCGGGUGCUCUGAAGGCUGGCUUUGAGGUUGGGAAGACGAGUUGGUGGAGUGGCCUGUAG